UGACCAGACGAACAAAGCGCAAAGACGCCGAGUCGCUCCUCCCUCCCUUCGUCGUCCGCCUCAAACUCAAGAUGGCGCAGCAAUUCGUCCAGGCUAAAAUCAAAGGAGAUAAAGUGGUUUUGUUCAUUAAGCCAACAUGCUCGUACUGUAUCACAGCAAGGGAAGUUCUAUUGAAGUACAAAUUCAAGCCGGGACAUCUGGAAUUUGUUGACAUCAGCGCGCGUCAAGACAUGAAUAGCAUGCAGGAUUACUUCCUGGAACUCACUGGGGCCCGCACCGUCCCACGGGUGUUCAUCGGAGAGGAGUGUGUCGGUGGUGGUAGUGAUGUGGCAGAGCUGCAUAAGAGUGGCAAACUGGAGGGAAUGUUGCAGUCCAUUGGGGUUCUCCAGUGACUUCCGAUAAACUAUCAGGUGACGUCACAUGACCGUGCAGCGAGACUUGCGUAAUUUGCGUCGCCGUUGCUGGUACUCGCUGAGCUCCUGCAGAUACCCCCUGGAUGGCCAUCGAAGC